AUGACCACUUUUCAUCUCCAAUCGGUUGACAAUGACCUGCGUGGCCGUCUUGCGCUGGUGACAGGAUCAAGUGGUGGGAUUGGCUCGGCUUGUGCAAAAUCAUUGGCCUCCGAAGGUUGCGAUGUUGUUCUUCAUUUUUCCUCUAGCAAGGAACAAGCCGAACUAUUAGCCGCCGAGCUCCAACGAGAUUAUCCGUCACAAUUAUUCGUUACCGCCCAAUGCAAUCUUACGUGCCGCGAAUCCACACGCUCGUUCAUAUCAACGGUGCUGGCUACGCCGACUAUCGCCGAGAAGCACAAAGCGAUAUCUGUGCUGGUUGCAAACGCCGGUAUUGGUCGUCGCAUCCGAGAUGUUAAGGACAUAAAUGAACAAGACUGGGAUGAUAUGAUGGAGGUCAAUGUUCGCAGUCAGUUUGUCAUUACAAAGUCAGCUGUGGAAGGGAUGCGAUCACAGGGCUGGGGAAGGGUGAUUCUCGUAAGCAGUAUUGCGAGCCGGGGAGGCGGGCUGAAUGGGUGCCAUUACGCGGCUUCGAAGGGUGCUUUGAGCUCGAUGGGGCUGAACUUGGCUACAGUUCUGGCUCCAGAAGGUAUUACGGUCAACAUUGUCUCGCCAGCCAUGAUCGGCUCUACAGGAAUGAUUCCUACUCCGAAAGAACGAACAUGGACUUCUAAAUGUGACAUGGAGGCAAAGAAGGAGUCAGAUCCCGGGCUUGCAAUUGCUAGCAGCGUUCCGAUACAUCGACUCGGGGUGCCAGAAGAGGUGGCUAAUGUGGUAGUAAUGUGA